AUGAAAGGUAAUAUUCAGUGCAGGAGUCUGCUAUACAAAGAAAUGACUCAAUCGCUCUUGUGUUUUGUUGUCUUGCUCGUCACAGCGCAUUUAGCACUGUCAUAUUUUCCAGACGAGUGGGAAGAAGAUUGUAAGAAAGAGAGUGGAUAUGUGGGAGAUAUUGGAGAUCUGAACUACACUGAUCCAUCAUCAGUUCCAAGACCAGCAAAGUGUUAUAUGGCCUGCUUCAUGGGAAAACAGCAAGUGAUGAAGCCUGAUGGCAACAUUGAUUUUAAGUAUGCAAAGGGUCUUUAUUCUAAAGUGCACAAAGGUGAUGAAAAGAAAAUUCGGAUGUUCCACUGGAUCGUUGAUGAAUGUGCCAAAGAAUAUAAAGAAUAUCCUGACAAAUGUGAAACUGCAUUUUAUUAUGUAAAAUGCAAAAGAUUGAAGUACGAUGCUUACAACCAGUGA